UCUUGCUCUGUCGCCAGGCUGGAGUACAAUGGCUUGAUCUUGGCUCACUGCAACCUCCGCCUCCCAGGUUCAAGCGAUUCUCCUGCCUCAGCCUCCCGAGUAGCUGGGACUACAGGGGCGCACCACCACACCUGGCUAAUUUUGUAUUUUUAGUAGAGGCAGGGUUUCACCAUGUUGGCCAGGCUGGUCUCGAACUCCUGGUCUCAAUGUGCGCCACCGCGCCCAGCCUUCUGAUGAGCCUUUUCAAAGGAGUCAAUCAGAUAUCCAUCUAUCUCAGCGAGCAGAGGGUGACUCUGAACAGAGCGGGAGGCAAGUUUGCCCUGAGCAGCUUCCAGCCUGAGUUUUCCUUACUGAUUCCGGGGGCCCAAGAGAUUUCACAUGUUUUAGGUACUGAAUGUCCUGGUUCAACUUCUGGCUUCGCUCUCAGAUAUGCAAAGCUCUGACAAAGCUUUUUACAUCUGUUGGGUCUCAAAUGCCUUCAGUUUAAAAUAACCUUCACAUCCACUCUGGGGUUCCGAGGGGGUCCCCACUGCUCGAAAUAACCCAAGGACGGACCACGGGGGGUAGGAAAGUCGAUCGAAGGCUGGCGGCUGCGGAAACCCAGGGCGGACAAGGAAGGUCCCUGGAGGUUGAUUUUCCGCAACGCAGCGGCGUUAAGUGAGUGGCUUUCAGAGGCGGCAGGUGAGUGGGUUCGAGGCAGGGCUCCGGGGCCGCUUUAGGAUAGAACGGGAUGAAGCCCCAAAUUCGAACUUGGGGGCUGGGCAGCGCAGGGCCUCAGCGCCCACGGUCUACCCGCGGCCCGGGCCUUAUGUGCGCCUCAGCGAGGCCCAAUUUCCACAUGCCUCGUUUCCAGCGAGCUGUCGCCUGGAGACGAUGCCAAAGCUGCAGGGCUUCGAGUUCUGGAGCCGCACCCUGCGAGGGGCCCGCCACGUCGUCGCCCCCAUGGUGGACCAGAGUGAGCUGGCCUGGAGGCUGCUGAGCCGGCGCCACGGGGCACAGCUCUGCUACACGCCCAUGCUGCAUGCCCAGGUCUUUGUCCGCGACGCCAACUACCGGAAGGAGAACCUGUACUGCGAGGUGUGCCCCGAGGACCGGCCCCUCAUCGUGCAGUUCUGUGCCAAUGACCCGGAGGUGUUUGUUCAGGCGGCUCUCCUGGCUCAGGAUUACUGUGACGCCAUUGACCUGAACUUGGGCUGCCCACAGAUGAUAGCCAAGAGAGGUCACUAUGGCGCCUUCCUGCAGGACGAGUGGGACCUGCUCCAAAGAAUGAUUUUGCUGGCCCACGAGAAACUCUCUGUUCCUGUCACGUGCAAAAUCCGUGUCUUCCCGGAGAUUGACAAGACCGUGAGGUACGCCCAGAUGCUGGAGAAGGCCGGCUGCCAGUUGCUGACGGUGCACGGACGCACCAAGGAGCAGAAGGGGCCCCUGUCAGGUGCAGCGUCCUGGGAGCAUAUCAAGGCUGUGCGGAAGGCUGUGGCCAUCCCUGUGUUUGCUAACGGGAACAUCCAGUGCCUGCAGGAUGUGGAGCGCUGCCUCCGGGACACGGGUGUGCAGGGCGUCAUGAGCGCAGAGGGCAACCUACACAACCCCGCCCUGUUCGAGGGCCGGAGCCCUGCCGUGUGGGAGCUGGCCGAGGAGUAUCUGGACAUCGUGCGGGAGCACCCCUGCCCGCUGUCCUACGUCCGGGCCCACCUCUUCAAGCUGUGGCACCACACGCUGCAGGUGCACCAGGAGCUGCGAGAGGAGCUGGCCAAGGUGAAGACCCUGGAGGGCAUCGCUGCUGUGAGCCAGGAGCUGAAGCUGCGGUGUCAGGAGGAGAUAUCCAGGCAGGAGGGAGUGAAGCCCACCGGCGACUUGCCCUUCCACUGGAUCUGCCAGCCCUACAUCCGGCCGGGGCCCAGGGAGGGGAGCAAGGAGAAGGCGGGUGUGCGCAGCAAGCGGGCCCUGGAGGAAGAGGAGUGUGGCGCGGAGGUCCUGUCCAAGAACAAGCAAAAGAAGCAGCUGAGGAACCCCCACAAGACCUUCGACCCCUCUCUGAAGCCAAAAUAUGCAAAGUGUGACCAGUGUGGAAACCCAAAGGGCAACAGAUGUGUGUUCAGCCUGUGCCGCGGCUGCUGCAAGAAGCGAGCCUCCAAAGAGACUGCAGACUGCCCAGGUCACGGAUUGCUUUUUAAAACCAAAUUGGAGAAGUCUCUGGCCUGGAAAGAGGCCCAGCCUGAGCUGCAGGAGCCUCAGCCAGCAGCACCUGGAACACCAGGUGGCUUCUCCGAAGUCAUGGGCAGUGCCCUGGCCUGAAGGCCCAGAACCCCCACCCCCAGGACUGCUGCUGGAGCCUGGACACGUCCUACUUAAGAAAAUGCCUUUUACUCAGGGAAUCUCCUGCUACUUAAUGUGGAAAGACACGCCCAUGUCCCCCUUAGGCCCACUCUGGGGGCCUGGAAAUGCUGCAGUGGGGAGCAGGCCCCAGGCUGGACCUGCCCUGUCCUCAGCACGCGUGUGCAAAAGUGAACAAUAAAUCAUUUCAAAGAUG